AUGUCAGAGCCGGAGCCUGCACCUCAAAAGCCCGGCAUCUUGCACGGCAUCAAUGCGCCAUUGAGUAGUGCCCUCAGAGGAGAGCUAUACCAAGCUAUCGAGGCUCUUUACGCGGUCGGUGGGCCCGACACGUCCCACGCGAUUAAGUCAGAGACAGAACGCCAUCCCACUACAACAGAUCAACGCCAGCAAUCAGCCUCCAGUCAUGCACUAGAUACUGCAUACGGUCGGCUCUCGGAGGUUUUGAAGCACUGGGACUCUAGGAUUCAGGACCGAUCCCUAUCACGUCAAUAUGCUGUCUACCACUUCCACGCCCCGAAAAAUGCCGUGGAGUUCGAGAGUUGGGUCAUGGGGCAGAACAUGUCUGCUGCUGACUCUACCCUCAUGGCUCGUCUCAUAGACCUGUGCCCUCGGCUAGGAUUCGAGGUUCUUCCAGUGGUCAUGAAAUAUACAGGAGCCCACUGCCAGUACCAAGCUUGGAUUUCCUUCCAGCAAGACGGCAACGCCGGGUCGCAAGCCCCUGAGCAGAAUGGCUUCUGGCAGGUCAAUCAGCAUGUCACCCACUCACCCAGUAUCCGGUAUUUUGGCAGAUUUGAUGAGCUCACGCUUGCCGAAACCAUCGAUUGCCAUGAGGGCAAUGUGCUAGAUGAGAGGAACAUCCUCUGGGAAAGGGCCCGUCGUUCAAUUUUCUCAUGGGGAUGGCCCUAUGAGGAGCGGGCAUUUGACGAAGAGCGAAGAUAUCGUGAGGCGAACCCUCAGUGGUACCAGAACAUUGUCCCAGGCACUAGUGGUGAUAUAGGAUAUUACUUGGCACCGGCAAUCAUCAUUACACCUCUCCGAACACAACUAGACUUUGUCAACAUGGCCGAUCAGACCCAGCUUGCUGGAAACCUCUGGCGCUAUCUCCUGCGGCAAUGCAAAGGAUCUUCAGAGUCGGCAUUCUACUUUGGAGCACUCAGGUCUCUUUGUCACUUUGUUUGGCCUCAACGAGGCAACGAGUUAUCAGAGACACAGAUCCUCGGCCUGCGACUUACGAACCGUGAAGAUCUCAUUAACAAGAUCGACCCCGGUCUUAUGGGUGACCUCAUUUUGACUUCACUGGUUUUCAAAGACCAUCAGCUUUUCCAGAAUCUCGUCGCCAACAUCCGAUCUGCGCCGAUUGUAGACUACAAUUGGAUAUGCCAAAAUGCGACCUCCUAUGGCUACUCGGCAGCCGAUGCUCUUUUUGAGCUCCGACAUUUUCUGUUCGAGGGCAACAAAUUCUUGCAACUUGCUAGCAUAGUCGACAAGCUGCCUGCAUGCUCUGAGGCCAACAUUUCGAGCGAAAACACCCAGGGACUGGGGAUCAUGGCUAUCAGAAUGCUGGAAGCCCCUCUUUCAGCUAGCCAUGGCCGGGUCGUAGUGAACCUCUUGAAGUUGUUCAAGGAGUUUGGCAAGUGGAGAGACACGAUGGACGAAGCUGUGAGCCGACUUGGAGACAUCCAAAAGCAGAGUCAAUUCAUAUUUGGAAUGUUCAACAGACUCUUUGAGGUGGCAAAGAGAGACAACCUGCCCCUUGACCAAGUUGCCGAGUUUUAUGAGAGGCACGCAGGAAUGCCAGUCGCAUCACGAACGCUAUGGAAGAUAGAGAACUUGGUCAGCAAUACCCACAAAGAGCAAAGCACUGAAGCAAAGGCUGCUCGGCAGGCUUGGUGCGUUGCUGAACCAACAGAAGAACUUCUUAACGGCCUUUCAAAGCCGGUCCAGGCGAGUCACACUAUAAUCGCUGGACUACUCCGAAACCUUGAUCGUCUAGGUAUGGAUGAUCAAGUAUCCGAUCUCGCAAACCACAUUGCCCAGCAUGUUACCGAGAUUGCGCCCAUCUAUUUGGCACCUCUUUGGCUACCACUGCUCAGGACUCUCCAGGACGUGGUGGACCCCGAUAAGUCGGCGUACCAGCGCCUCUUUCAGGCCAUCUUUGAGCACUAUGAGAGCGCAGUCUUUGAGGAUAUCUCAGGGCGGAUCGAGCGGGAGCCGAGGUCGAUACCUCCAAUGGCCGAAUGUUGCCGCCACUGCAAGACCCUCGACUCUUUCUUGGAGCAACCAAGUUGGAAAACGAUUCACUUAGUAAAGCCGAGGGCAAUCGUGGAUCACAUCCAAGAACAGCUCAACAAACAAGAUAAACCCAUCAAAAUGGCCAUAUACGGUAAGAACGAGGCUAGUCUGACGAUGCAGCUUGUCAAGUUUUCGCUUGUCAACGAAAGAAUCCGCACAACUGGAGCAUUGAGGAGACAGGAGGCAACCAGAGCUGUCCAUCAAUUUGACCCAGAUGUUCUGCUGUCGUUCCUUGGAGACAAGGGUAACAUUAUGUGGAAGCUUGGAGAUGCCGAGUCGCAAGGGCCUCCCACGAACACCGCCGCAGAACCUUCAGCUUCUUCCUCGCCACCUCGAAGAAGUUACCAAGGAUUUUCAACCAGAGACGAUUUGCCCUCGCGCGACAACGCAGUUCACAAUCAGGCAACGCCCAAGACUGAGAGCAUAGACAUGGCGAGCAUUGUGAAGCCAGAGCCUUCGUCCACUGGCGUUUCAGCAGCUAGGCGGUCAGGUCACAGGGAUAUCAGAGACAUGUUUGGCGCGAGCGUCAAGAAGGAGAAGUCAAUAACUACUCCAAAUAGUAGCAGCCAACAUGGUAUACCCGCCACCAACGGCACCUCGACAAGAGAUCGACUCAAGAACUUGGGCAGGAUUAAGCUCGAGUCUACGCCCAAGUUUGACGAUGAAUCGACGGCCCGACUCCGGGCGAAACUAGACAAGAGUCUGACGCCAAGAGAGACACCUCGAAGCGGCAACAGCAAUAGAUUCGAUUCCAGCGUGUCGAGAACGCGGAACCCGUUGGCCCCGUUCGGAGGGGGCGGCUCGAGAAACGAACCCGUGUCUUCGUUCAACAGACGAGCCGGCUUAACGGGGGAGUCUACGUCGUCGCUUCAAAGCACGCCCAACGAGCCCUCCAAAACCCCGCGGUUGGAUGCCAUGUUAGGUGGCCCUACGCCUAGGCCUACACCACGUCUGAAUGCUUUAGCAGGAGGUACCUCCAGCAGCACAAGUCGACUGGGCCUCGGUGUCAGAGCUAGAAGCCCCUCAAGCAGUCCGUCACCAGCUACCGGCAGCAGCAACCAGCCAGACUACAUGGCGGCGAUUUUGGACGCGGAACGCUCUAAGAAGCGUCGGACCGGCUCGUCAUGGGAGGUGUGGACGGCGUCGGGUAAUGUCGUGGGCUCGGGCACGGCGUCCUCUGCUGCGAACAGGUCGCGGUUCAGCAGACUUGUCGACGCGAGUGAACAGGAUAAUCCACGGCUCACAUCUCUUAUGAACGAGAAGAGCCCCCCAGGUUCGCGCAGCGCGGUUGGAGGAGCGAGGGCCACGUCGAGCGCUCUAACACCACGGUCUCAUAAUGUGAGGCCGGGACAGAGCCGUUUCCGGCACGAUUCCUCGCAAGAGACAGAUGGAGGAUAA